ACAUUGACAAUUUGACGUAUUGACAAUUGACAAGCGGUGCGAGAACAAAAAUUUGAAAAUAUUGGAAUAUUGGAGUAAAUUUAGACAAUUAAAAGAAAAAUAUAUUUAUUAAAUUGCUGAGGCUACAUAGAAAUAUAUAAGUACACAAUAAGAGCAUACAUUUGUUAUAGAGGAUGUCAUUUCGGGGUGGUGGCAACAGAUUUGGCGGCGGUGGUGGAGGAGGCAGAGGUCGUGGUGGGGGCGGCCGAGGAGGGGGAGGUAGAGGUGGACGAGGUGGUUUUGGUGGUGGAGGAAGAAAUUUUGACCAAGGACCACCUGAUCAAGUAAUUCCACUAGGAUAUUAUGAGAAGUCGGUACAGGAUGAUCUAGUAUGCAAAGUUGAAAUUGAGGAUGUACCUUACUUUAAUGCUCCUAUUUAUUUAGAAAACAAACAGCAAAUAGGAAAAAUUGAUGAAAUCUUUGGUAACAUUAGAAAUUACUGGGUGAGCAUUAGACUGGGGGAUGACAUGAAAGCUGGCAGUUUUCAAGCAAAUCAAAAGCUAUUCAUCGAUCCAGCCAAACUUCUUCCCCUUCAAAGGUUUCUUCCACAACCUCCUGGUUCUGUGAAAAAACGUGGAGGUGGUGGCGGUCGUGGAGGACGCGGUGGUGGGUUUAGAGGAGGUCGAGGAGGUGGCGGUUUCGGAGGUGGAGGAAGAGGAGGUGGUGGUAGAGGUGGUUUUGGUGGUGACCGACGAGGAGGUGGGGGUGGAGGAUUUGGAGGUGGUCGCGGAGGAUUUGGAGGUGGUGGAUUCAACAGGAAUAGUGGAGGCGGAGGAGGUUUUAACAGAAACUCUGGUGGUGGUGGAGGCGGAUUUGGAAGAGGCGGUGGGGGCAAGAGAUGGUAAUAGUUAUUUUAGUUUUAAUUUUUAAGUUUGUAUAUAUGUAAGUGAAAAAUGUUUUUUUAAUAAAAAAAUAUUGUAUC